UGCAUGGGUAGUCAUAGAGCUUCAGUUGUCCUAUUUGGAGCAUUUGACCUAUUUGUUAUUGACAGCUCCAUGAAGUCUUACAACAGUACAAGAGAGCAGCUGUUGGGUCCGAUCACGAUCAGCGUGUACACAGGCUCUCCUCCACUUGUCUCGUAUAUAUUGCACAAUGGCUGCAUCUAAGCGACAGUAUUUUGAGUACAUUGUCAUUGGCUGCGGAGGGAUAGGCAGCGGAGCUCUAUACUGGUUGUCAAAGCGUUCUAGCUCAGGUUUGCAUCACUUAGGCGUGCCAGAAACCUAUGAUCCGCUGACUGAAGAUAAAGUAACGAGCUCUUCAUCUAUAUGUUUUGUCCUUGGUCUCGAGCAGUUUUCCCUCGGUCAUGAAAGAGGAGGCUCACAAGACGUAUCAAGGAUCAUCCGCCUGACGUACGAUGAUGAUCGCUACACCAGACUCAUCCCCGACACAUUCAAGGCUUGGCGCCAGAUUGAGCGCGAGUCAGGCCUGCAGGUUGUAUGGAUGACCGGGGGUCUGCGCCUGGCCAGGAAGGGACAGACUGAGGACAUCAUGGAGAAGUUCGCUGAAUCAAUGGACAGGAACAACAUCAAAUACGACAGAUUGUCAAACCUGCAACUGAUGGCCCGCUACCCCCAGUUCACAGUGGGUCCAGACAUCGUGGGCUUGUACCAGGAGCAGGCGGGCCUCGUAGAUGCUGUUGUGGGGAACGCUGUCCACAUUCAGCUGGCCCGGGGAAACGGGGCUACCGUCCUGGAGAACUGCCCCGCUACCAGGCUCACUAGGGCCAACAACGGCAACGUCAUUGUUCACACAACGAAGGGCGUGUUCGAGUGCCGGAAGGUGGUGGUGACGGCAGGGGGGUGGCUCAACUCGGUCCUGGGGACAAUCGGCGUCCACGUCCCCGUCACCGUCACACAGGAGCAGGUGACGUACUACGCCACGCCGCACAUGAAGGAGUUCACCAAGGAAAAGUUCCCGAUCUGGAUUUUUCACUGCCCCCGUUACAGCAUCUAUGCCCUCCCAAUUCACGGCAACACAGGGUCGAAGAUCGGGGUCGACGUUGGAGGCAACGUAGUCACGGCCGACUCGAGGACCUUUGAGCCAGAUCCUGCUCAAGAGCGGACCUGUACUGAGCUGCUGCAGGAGAUUUGUCCUGAGUUCUUGGGACCAAUCCUUCAGACCAAGACCUGCCUCUACACCAUGCCUCCAGACAGACACUUUGUGGUCGACACAUGUGCAUACAAGGGAUGGUCUGACGUCAUCGUUUGUUGUGGAGCUGGGCAUGCGUACAAAUUUGCAAGUCUGCUUGGAAAAGUCCUGAGCGAGCUCGCUGUUGACGGUCGUACCCAGUACGACAUUAGUCAAUUCAACAUCACCAGAGACGCGAUUCAGGAUCCCACUUUCAAACCAACGUUUUUCCUGGGACGUGGCACUGGGGCAAAACUGUAGACAGAAGGCUGCUUAUUUCCCGUCCAUACGUUUCCCGUACAGAAACAGUUAACACGUCCAUGUAAUUGGGCCUCGUUCCACAAAAGCCCCAUUCUUUUAUAUAAAAUAGAUAGCGUUUGCAUUAUAGUUUAUGGAACGGAACCAUGAUUCAAUAACGAAAACAUUUGUACUUGUUCCUAAUAUGAACAUUUUACAUUUUCAAGCAAAUGUAAAAUGCCUAAUUUUCCUGCAGUAGUUAUAUAUUUUGUAAAACUUGUUUUGUGUGGAUUCAAAUCUAAAAACAUACUGACAUACUGAUACUCAGUACACUUCAGAUAACAUUUCCUUUCAUUUAUGACACAUUGUCCUCAACCUUAGAACACAGAUAUGUAAGUAUAUAUAUGGUUACUACGUUCAGUAACAAAACCCAAUGGAUCAGGGGAUAAAGUUUUUCCUCAAGGUCAGUGGUGUACAAAGUUGAAAUAUCAAACACUUUGACAUAAUUCCAUUUGCUUCUUUUCUGACAUUGCAAACAUUCAAGCAAAUGCUUUUGAAAUCUUGAUACUUUCUGUGAAUAUAAGGAAUGACUUUCCUUGAUUGUGUUAAGGGUUAUGGUUAAUCUUUGAAACAGGAAUUAGGUGGUAAAUGUUCUGGCCGCAUCAAUAUAUAUCUUUGUAUGUAUUUGUAUGGGUUUUAGAGUCAAGCCAAAAGUAUAUUGGGACAGAAUAAAAACCGAUAAUACUCAAAUGUGCAUUGGCACGUCAUUGAAGUGGGGAUGCGCACCUCACGCCACCUACUCCCAACUGGAUCAGUCAGUGCCUCGAUCAAUGAGGGUUGAGGAAACAGUUAGAACAUACUAUGUCCGAAAAAAACAUAAUUCCUUGGGUUGUGAGGCAUACUCCCAAACACCUUUUGAAUUUCUAGAAUCAAUUACAAGCUGAAUCACUGGGAUGCAUUGUUACUAAACUUCUUGGCCCAGUUACCUUGUUUUGAUUUCUCCAAACCGAGCAGAAAUUCUGACUCGCAAGCAAAAAAAACAGAUAAGCAUUAGGAAGAACACAAGUGGUGUCCAGGGAGAUGCAUACUUCUUGACUUAUUGUGCUGAAUAUUUCAAUGUUUGUACACCUACAAUGUUCAAACUUAAGAAAACACAUGCCAUUGUUGAAAAGAAACAUACAUUUAAGAUUUGUUAUGUUAUUAAGCAAGUUCAUUUCUCCCUGAACAACUGAUUUACCAGUGUAUGAUCCUUUUUGUUACGAUAAAUUCCCUGAUCCAUGUUCAUUGGCCACCAUGGCGACGUCACUUCCGAACAGAAGCCAUCUUAAUUUCGCAUCUCUUCAAGAUUAAAAUCGUGAAGAAUAUGUCAGCAGGGGUGAAAUGCACUGCAGUGGGGGGCUUCAUUCAGUUAGUUUAUACGAGGUAUUAACAUGUACAAGCAUAUUUAAAAGGAUUUAACAAGUAAUUACAUGAAUUAAGUUUUCAGUGAUAUGCGUACGUCAAUUCAUGUUUUUUCAUCAGCAGUGUGAACUGUCAUAUAAGAAGAUCCUGUAUACAAAUGAAAAUGAACUUGAUUAACAUGACACCAUAGCUGAUGAAGUCACUGAAACAAAUAAGUGCAGAAAAAGAAAAACAAUUUACUUCUAUCGGUAUUCUAAAUACAGUGGAACAGCCCGCAGCUGUGUAUAGCACCACAUGGGUACGAUUACCUCAACCACCCAGCCCUAGUUCUAAAAUAACCAGCCCGGCACAGACCUACAAGACCCCACCCUACACAUGUACCCCGGGAACCCCAUCUAAUCGAGAUGUCUAACCCAUAAACAUCAACAGUGCGCUCAGGGUUUUUUCGUUAGCCUAAAUUAAGCAAAAAGCGGUGGAAAACGCCACAACCAAUGGAGUAAAAAAACAAACGCAGGAGCUAGCCAAGUAAACUCAAAUUUUAAUAAGACCACAGUGACGGUGGAAAGGUAACUAUGCUUAAUAUAAAGUGAUGUAAAUGUUGACAAUAACAACAUAAGGUUUGGUCGUUCGUCUCAUCAACGUUUUAACAUAACAAAUGAACUGACAAAACCUAUACCCGGUAACAGGAGACACAGCGACAUGAAAAGAGUUGUGUAACGACUCAAUUAACAAUGUGAAUACCAUUUGCGCUGAUACAGGCGAGACAGCGGCAGCGCAUUGAAGACACAAGAUGAUUGAAAACAAUUGUCAACCAAAGAUUGGCCCAACUGAGCUAGCGUUAGGUCCUGUCGUGGGCGUUGCUCCAUCUCAUUUCAGAAAUUUUCAAUGGAGGAGAGGUCUGGAGAAACAGCUGAUCAUAGCAGUACAGCACCGUUAAGUUGUCUCAAAAAAUCGUGUUGUUUUGAACACGUUGAACGUGUCCCUGCAUUUGUACAAAGGGUAGAAAAUGAUCUCGACGAAAAUGAAGCUAUAAUAUUCCUCUGAACGCCUGUCGACACUUUCACGACCAUCAUAGCUGUCCAGAUAAAACCUGGAUAUUGUCUUCUAAUAAACAUUAAAUGUUUGG